AUGUAUAAACUGAAAAACACGCUAGCGGGGCAUAAGAGGAGUGUAAAUAGGGCAAGAUUUAGUAACAGUGGCAAAUAUCUCGCGUCAGCGGGCGCAGAUAAAACUGUGAAAGUUUGGAAUAUAGAGAAAGGGUUUUUACUAGAGAAUUUUGAAGAACACGAGGAUGGGGUGAAUGACGUUUGCUGGUCAUCGAAUGAUAGAUAUAUCGCUAGUGGAUCUGAUGAUAGAUCAAUAAUACUGUGGUCGAUAGAAGGCGUAAGAAACAAGGAUCACGCCGUAAAAGUACUCAAAGGACACACAAAUUAUGUCUUACGUAUAUGGGAUAUUUGGUCAGGACAAUGCUUGAAGACAUUAGUCGAUGAGUCAAACAAACAAGCGACAUUUUUAAAAUUCUCACCCAACUCUCAAUACCUCUUAAGCGCAUCAUUAGAUCAUAUGGUGAAACUAUGGGCAUAUGCUAGUAAAGAACGACCUAUUCGAACAUACACAGGACACGAUAAUAGCAUUUACGCACAGUCGAUUGAUUUCGGCUACUUUAAGGAGAAGAGGUGUGUCAUUGCUGGUUCUGAGGAUGGCAAGGUGUUUGUUUGGGAUUUGCAGACAAAGGAGGUUUUGCACAGUUUUACUGCACAUAAAGACGCCGUUAUUAACGUUGAUUCACAUUCACGAUUACCACUGAUAUGCAGCUGCUCAUUGGAAAAAGAUCUGACAAUAAAGAUUUGGGAGUAUGUACCAGGUGAUACUGAAAUGAUUGAAGAUAGUAAUGUACCAUCGAAUGAAGUUAUGAAUGAUGAUUGA